ACUCGAUAUGAAGAAGAUUUGCACAUUUUUAUUAAAUUAGAGAAAAACCGGAAAAAUGGCGGGUAUUUUUUUAGUCCAAUCAAAGCACGUUUAACAUUGAGUUGUCGCCAGUUGGCCAAUCACGCGCUUUGUUUCAGGCUAGCACACAAAAUGGCUGACGGGGCUUCACAGAUGCCUGUUCUACUGGAGAUUCCGAUUUGUUGUUGUUCUGUGGAAUAAAUGUCGUGGAAACUUGCAGCAGGUUCGUUGUAUUUAGUGGGAAAAGCAUUAAAAAGGCUGAAGAAAGUGCUGCUAACUGGAUGGAAGUGGAAGAAAGCAAAGUCCCUACUGAUGUGCUGGAACACAAAGAAGGCCGCCAUGAAUCGCCAUGAAAGGGAGAAGGCAGGAACGGGAUACUGAUUGUGGAUGAUCAACUAUGAUCACAGUGAAUGGCGGUGCAGGCUCAAAGGGCCAAAUGACCUGCUCCUGCACCAUUCAGCCACAUUAAAAUAAGAUCAUGUGGAGGUGCAUUUGCGGAAAUGAAAAGCCUCGUGCAUCGGAGGGCGCACUGUGCUGCCAGAGUUCUAAAGGUAGGUAUUUGGUGGCAGAUUUAACUGAGCAGGUGGCUCAGUAUGAACAACUGGUAGUGCAGCUGCAAAAAGACAUCCAGGACAAAGACACCCAGCUACACGUGAGAGAUGAACAGCUUAAGGUGCUGGAAGAAUUGAAGGAGAAGCUCCGUGAACAGAAUGAGGCACAGCUGGAAACAACGCAGCAUGAGGAAGUACUGGAACGAAAGCUCAAUGAGAAGAAUCGGGAGCUAGCGGAGUUGGUGGAAGAUUGUAGGAAGCUGGAGGACCUGAACGAAAAUCUGGACAACCAGCUUCUGGAUGAACACUACGCCAGCCUUAUCACGGUCCGAGAUUUGAAAGAAGGGCACAAGGCUGAUUUAGCAAAUCUCAAAGAACAAGUGAGGCUUCUGAGCCAAGAGGCGGAAAGUUCGGAGGACAGCUCCUUGGCAAUUGAAACUUUGUUCCAGUCUAAAAUCGAGCAGAUCCAAGAGGAGCUGGACAAUGUACAGAAGCUGCUGCUGGAGCACAGAGAUGUGGAGAUUGACAAUGAAGAGGAGGACGACCAGUUACACCUAAAUGUGAACUGGCCACACUACGUCAAGAGACAAAAUGAGAAGCUUCAAACAAUAGUAGAAGAAGAUGAAGAUGAAUCCCAGUUCUCGCAAACAAGUGAAUCUGAAUCUGAAUCUGAAUCUGAAGAGGAACUGGUGAAGUGGCGAGAAACGGUUUCUAAGUCAACACUGAGCCAUGACAACAAUGAGUCGAUUCCCAUGUAUUUAAGGGUGAAUCAAGUUGAGGAAAAAAGAGAAGUUUUGACCUCAGAACUGCCGGAGCUGGAGGAGGAAGUGAGGGACCUUCAGAGACCAGGACAGGUUCAAGGAUGGACAAAGCAGACCACAGCUGGCCAAAACCUUAUGGAAAAUGAAGAACUGGAAGCAACACAGCAGGAGCGCACAGAGGAAGAUCCGUCCUCCAGCAAGACGGAAUUGCCUGACCUAAGACCAGCGCCCAGGAAGUACAGCAUCAGUCUGGCGUCAUUCGAGGAAUGCGAGGAGGAUUUGGAGAUAGACCCCAGUGAAGAGGUGGUGGUGGUACGGAAGGCGAAGAGGCGAGUGAAUUUUUUCAAGCGCCUAUUUACGGCUAGAAAAUGAAGACUUCACGGACCAGGUCACGCUACUUGGUCUUGGCGUACUUUGCGACACCACAUUUGCCUAGUUUACGUGUGCCUGGCGAGACGUUUGAAGAUGCACUACAGAUGGGAAUGACACCAAUGUAUUUAUCAAAGUUGUUAAUGUGUUAAACACUGACCUCGGGUGUAUAAAUGAAUACUGUAUUGUUAAUGUAUGAAAAGUAUGAACACAGCUCCCAGCGAUGCAUGUUGGUGUUGAACCGGCCGACCCCUGUACGGAGCCGAUUCAGGGCGACCCACUCUUUGCAGGGCAUGUCCGAGCCAGGUGGGGCUGUGGUGUUUGGUGCAACAGUGAAUUGAAGAGGUCGGGAAGUCUGUUCCCAGCUGGUUCUCCAAGCUCCUAGUGUGUUGAAACCGGAGCCACAGAGGGUGGCUGCGUGACGGGAGAAGUGGCGACGAGAUGACAGGCGUUGAGGUCCCAGUUGCUGUGAGUCCUGGGCGAGGUGGUGCAAAGGAUGUUUGGUGUCCGAUGGGGCCUUGCACACCAGCCUGUGGGUGAAGUACUCUCUGCGAAGCUUGGCGGGUGUGAUACCUGCGAGCACUGGCAGAAGAUCCGGAGUAGGACGUAGGCAGCCGGUGAUGAUCCGCAUGGUGUCGUUGAGGAUGGCGUCUAGUUUGCUUGUAUGAGCGCUGCGGCAUCGUGCUGGGGCGGUGUACUCAGCGGCACUGUCAAGUCUUCUAAUGUUUUUGCAGAUUCCCCGCGUGAAAGGGAUUUGAUUUAUCUACCCCGAAAUGAUGAACUGGAUUCACUCAGACCAAACACUUCUUUUCCACCUUUUAUUUUCUCUUCCUUUUAUUUUGGAAGAUUAGUCUUUAACAGUUUUAGUCUUUACCAGGUGAAAAACCUUUAGACACAAAGGUAAAAAAUAUACACAUUACUGUAACCAAAUAUAAAUAACAGAAAAUUACAUGUAUCUAACAUUCCAACAUAGCAGCCAUUUUGUUUUUUAAAUAAUUUUCACAUUUCAUUAAAUGAAAAAUACAGAUAAUGCCCACUACUGUUACCAAUUUUUUAGCUUAAUAUCAUGUGAAUCUUUACUGUUUUUUAACACAUUUUAUCAUAUUUUUUAAAAUGCAAUUAUUUAAACUAACACCACACAUAGCAUAUAAGUAUUAGAAAUGAGCUCACAUUAGCCCUUAACCCCACAAUGAAGCAGGAUGCACUUUACAUAGACAACAAACACUAUCAUCACCCUGUCAUCUUGGUUAACAAACACCACCAAUAUUUCAAACUUUCUCAAUCAACACGUUAGUCAGACAAGUUUCUCAGAUAUUAAAGGGUUAAACAGAGUCUCUGGGGCUGCAGUCUUCGGCUCAGUUCAUUUAGAGUUCAGUCCUUACCGGCUGCCAAUCGGGUCUGUAGAAAAUCAGUCCUGCUUGCCUUUUCUGGCUAUCGCGACAGUCUUUUCGGACAGUCUUUUUGAUUUACUGUUCAAGUUUUGCUGCCCGCAAGUCUUUUCUGUCUUCACUGGCUUCUGGUGCUGUGUGCCCUUUUGAAAGCCCCGGGCAGAACUCGGCAGGCUGGGGUUCCGCCCACUUUAAUCUCUGUCUCGUGAUUUCAAUGUAGCAUUUUUCUGCACCUGUUCUUUCAUUUCAGUUUGACUUGACACCUCCCACUCGAUCUUCCAAUGGAACCACUUGGGAGAUCGACGCUUUAAAGUCAAACUUUGAAGUCUAGGUUUGAACUUGGUCUUUAUAGGCUACCAGUCGAUCUGUUGUGGUGCUUGGGAAAGUUGUGCCCAAUUGCGCAGCACAAAAAAUGUCGUUUAGAGCAUUUUCUCGUUCUCUUAUUGUAAUGACUCCUGUCAAAGAGAUGGCCUCCCACUUUGGAUUGUUUAGGGCUUUGUUCUUGCCAAGAAACCUCUUUGCUGCUCUCCAA